UACUGGGAGCUGCAGAUGUUAAAGUCUGGCAGAAUCAGCACUUCAGCUGAAUUAAAGUCACAACCUCUUCUCCAGAACUUAAACAGCAAGCGUGAGAAACCAGGUCAGAAAAAAACAAAGCAGAGGGGUAUGAGGAGUCUUCUGGGCAAGGGCAGGAGACUUUACAUGAGGCUUAUACUUGAUGGUGUAUGGAGUGUUCUGCCAUCUCUGCCGCAUGGUUAUGUUGCUGCUAGACCACUGGGCUGGAGGAGACCAACUUCUUCAGAUGUUCUUCUACUGCUGCAGUGUAAAUACGACAUCAUCAAAGAGCGGCUUUAUAGAGAGAUGCUGCAGGAUGAGCAUGGUGUUGUAUGGUGGGCAUCAAUGCCAUCCCAGGAGCAGGUAAACUGUGUGUGUGAGCUGGGUGAAGCAGCAGAGGAAGCUUUGAAAGAGAAGGACUUGCUCUAUCUGUGUGACCUGCCUGGUGCUCUCCGCUUUUACAGGAACACGGAUGAGGUGGUCCUACAGGCCUGUGGUGAAGCAGUUAAACCCAGGGAUCAGGCAUGGUCAUCGAAACCAAAGGAACAGGCGUGGUCAGCUGCAGUGUUUCUUUCAGAACUGGAGUCUGAAUAUCAGGAGGAGAGAGCUUCUCUCACAGUGCUGCUCCACAGGGUGGACAAUUCAGUCCUGAGGGAGAUCUAUUUGCGGUUGUGUGUUGCUGUGAGGAGAGCAGAGCGAGAGCUUCACUCCCAAACAGCACUGCUGGCCUCCAAACAAUACUGGGACAAGUGGCCAUAUACUAGAGGAGCUGUGAGUCAAAAACUGCUUAAAUUUUGGCUUCAGGAAAAACAAGGUCCAACCAGGAUAUUCCAACAGGAUUGGAGAGCAGCGGGCUGCACACAACAGCAGGUUGCACUACAGUGUUUGGUGCUGUGUCAGGAACAGGAGAGAAAGAGCCUCCUGGAGAUUCUACACACACUUUCCCUGGAUGAGCUGCAGGGCCAGAGCCACACACUGCCACCAGCUUACAAGGCCCCAGAAAGAUCUGCUGUGUCUCUGAGGCAGAGCUGUGUGUUAAGCCUGAGAGAGAUAAACGAAUCACUGCAGGGAGCGUCCUGGCCAGACUGUGCCAUUCACCUACUCACCCAGCUCUCACUGGCACAUGAAGAAGAAACCUGGACCAUACUGCGCUCUCUUCCAGCCAUGGAUGCCAGUGGUGUUGCAGCUCUGCUGCACAGAUAUGAGAGUGAGCUUCAUUUCCCUAAGAUGAACAACCUGUAUGAGCUCCUACAGCCAGACACCUCCAGAGACAGAGCCACAGCAUAUAACUUCACUUUACCAGAUGGUGAGAGGACUGAGCAGAGACAGCGCAAUCCAUCAGAGAGCGAGAAUCAGGCCCACUGCAGUGGCUGUGGCGUUGUUCUCGUCCCCGAAGAUGCUCCAUAUCUAGAGAUCCUGGGCACCAGAAAACACAGAAAUGAGGAGAGCACAGAAAGGAGGGCAGGAGAAGAGGAAGAAUGCCGAGUAGAAACAGAGAGAGAGACAGAGGGAGCAGUGCAGAUGAGAGAGUUAGGAAAGGAAGAAGAAAGAGAUGGACAAGAGAAGAAGAAGAGAGAGGAAGCAGUUGAGAGGAGAGAUGAGAAAAGAAAAGAGAAGACUGAAGGAGGAGAAGAAGAGAGAAAGGUGGAGAUGUUUAUAGAAAAGCAGGGCUCACUGAUCACACUGGCCUGGAGCAAACCAACUGAUGCUGUGAGCAAAGAGCAGGAAAUGAGUGCUGCUCUACCAGAAGAAGAACCAGCAGAGAUAUCUACAGAUUCACACACUCAAAUCAGCACACAGCAGCCCCAUGGAGACUCCAUAAAUACCCCUAAUGAAGAGCAGAGCCACACACAUCCUGAGAACAGAACAAGCACAGAACAUGAACAAGCACUUACUGAACAUCCUGAAGACACACUGACUGCAGAGGAGCACACACACAUACAGGCUCCACUGGACCAGUCCCACUCCAGCAUGGACACUGAGUGUCAGAACAGUGAAGCAGAUGAACACACCACACACCCAACUGAGAGCACAGAGGACACAGUGGAGCCACAGGCCACUGCCCCAAAAACACACACAUCUGAGGCAGUAGGAAUGGAGGCAAUGGGUAAGGAGCAGGAGUCUGAGCUGGUGUGUGGAGGUCAAGAAGUGUGUGAGGAAAAGCUGGAAGAGGUGCGUGUGGAUGUGUGUGAGGAGCAGCAGCUCCAGCGUGAGGCUACCAUGCGCAGCCUCGUCCACAUCCAGAGGAGAGCAGAGAGACGGUGGCAGAGAGACAGAGACAGACAACUCCUCAGAGUUCAAGAGCGGCUGUCAAUCAUCCAGAACAGGAAGUCAGAUGAAGACAUGCUGGGCUUGACUCAAGAGGAUACAUUCAGACACCUGACCAGUACUCUACAGCAGGAAGAUGAGCAGCACCAGAAGAUCCUGGUGAGAGAGAAACUGCAGCAGCUGCGCAGAGAGCGCUCCUACAUCCUGCAGUCGAGAAGAGAAAGGAAUACUGCUGGAUUUAAGGAACUGCUAGCACCCGCAGCUCAGCACUUGGCCAACACAGAAGAUGGGCUUUAAGGCUUUAAUGGUUUAUUGGGUUUAUGUGGGGCAUUUUUGCAUUGCUAAACGAAUCAUAUUUAAAGAUUUCGACACUCUAAGCUAAGAUCGGACAUUUAAACAGCCGUCUGAUUUUGAUCAUAGGCCUGCACAGCUUGUGUUACCCCAGUUUUGUUGACUUAUUUAUUUAAGGAAGACCUGCACUAAAUGAAGCUCGUGUCCCACAUUAGGGCAGUUCACAUUCACAUUUUCCCUCUUUAUGUCUUAUUAACAAUGUGGAAGUUCUACUGCCCUCUACUGCCUCCCCUGGGCUUCUCCGAGAUGGUAAGUUUCAUGGAAGAUGGCUGUUGUACACAAAGCCAGGCUGCCUCAUAUAAUCAAGAGAUGUUUACAUACACUUAAAAUCCGUUUAUAAUCAGAUUACUGGAGUUAUCUGAUCAUUCAAGUAGUCAUGUAAACAGCAUACUCUGAUUUCUAAAAGCAGAUUAAAAUCUAGAAGCCAGAUUAAGAAAUCUGAUAGAGAGCUGAAUUUUAGUUUAGUAAUAUUAUUUCUCAGUCCAUGUGAACUCUAAACAGGACUUCUCAGACUGUGAAUGUGUGAAAACAGACCUUGGUACCAGAAACAAGCAAGUGAUAUUCAACACAGCACCUGAGAGAUGUUAAAACUUUAUCAUCUAGCAGCUGAUGUAUGUUCAGAUUGUGACUCAAAGGGGUAGAUUCACAGCCAAAUAAGUCUAGUCUUUAACUUAAAAGGAAAAUAUCCUUUCAAAAUCUUUCCCUUAAUCUAAGAACGCAUCCUAGAGUGUCAGAAUUUUGGUUUGGUUGCCAAGCAAAAAAAUAUGCCCGACACUCUCAUUACCAAAAGUUCAUGUAAACACAUUAAAUGGAUUAGUGGCAAAUUGCUGAUCUUCAGUUACUAAUUAUUGAUGUUCUGCAGUUAUCUAAUUAUUAGAUGCAACAUAAUUAAGGAAAGGUCCUAAAAUGUUGCGUUAAUAUAACUAAUGCCGAUAAACCAUCUUAGCAAUAGUGGCAGGUUUCUGCUCCCCAGACAAAUUAUGAAACAGCACAUAUGGAAAAAAAAUAUCAAUCCUUGAUAUUUAUAGAAAAAACACGAGCAGAAUGACUGCUUUAGACACAAGUUUAAAUGUUUUAUUGAUACUUCCACAGUGGUAACAUCACUGUCUCUGUCUCCAUUCAGACAUAAUGCAGUCUUUUUCACAAUUCUGUGUGUGUGUACAUGUCUGUGCACUGUUGUGUGUAUGUGUGUACGUGUGUAUAUACCAAUCAUAACUUAAAUCCUAUACACAAAGUCAGUCCCCCCCCCCCCUAAUAUUU